AUGGCAUCAUCAGUCCCUGUAUCCAAAGCUAGCACUGCCUUCUCUCUGGCUAUGCUCAAAACUUUGAGUGAGGAGGACAGCACUGGAAAUAUCUUCUACUCUGGUCUCAGCGUCUCUGCAGCCCUCGCCAUGCUGAUGCUGGGGGCGAGGGGCAGCACAGCCACACAGAUGUCAGAGAUUUGUGGCUUUAAUAACAGUAGUAGUUACGAUGAGGAUGAUGUCCACGCCAAGUUUGCAAAACUACUAACUGAUCUGAACAAGGCUGAUGCUCCAUACUCCCUCAGUCUUGCCAACAGACUUUAUGGGGAUCGGUCCUACACGUUUCUCGAGGAAUUUUUAAAAGGCACCAAAAAGCAUUACAACGCUGAGCUCGAGUCUGUGGACUUCAAAGAAAAUGCAGAGGAGGCCAGGGUCCACAUCAACAGCUGGGUGGAGAAGCAGACACAAGAUAAAAUCAAGGACUUGCUAAGCCAGGAUGCAGUGGAUAGCCUGACGAAGCUGGUUCUCGUGAAUGCCAUUUACUUCAAGGGCAGCUGGAACACGCAGUUUAAGGAGGAGAUGACUGCUGAUGCGCAGUUUCGACUGAACAAGAACGACACUAAGGCAGUGAAGAUGAUGCACCAGAAAAGUAAAUUUCCUUUUGCGACCAUUCCUGAGGCCGACUGCAAGAUUCUUGAGAUGCCGUAUAAAGGAAAUGACCUCAGCAUGCUCAUAUUCCUGCCUAAUGACAUAGAAGAUGAUGCCACAGGCUUGGAAAAGCUGGAGAAGGAGCUGACCUAUAAGAACUUUGUGGACUGGACUCGCCCAGACAUGAUGAGCCCCAACGAGGUCGAUGUCAAGCUCCCUCGAUUCAAGAUGGAGGAGAAGUAUGACUUGGAGAAAAUCCUGACCAAAAUGGGAAUGGAGAACGCUUUUGACAUCUACAAGAGUGACUUCUCUGGAAUGUCUCCAGCAAAUGACCUGAUAGUGUCCAAAGUUGUCCACAAGGCUUUCGUGGAUGUAAAUGAAGAAGGAACUGAGGCUGCUGCUGCCACUGGGGUUGACAUGGAAGUCCGCUCUAUAACAAUUCCCGUUGAGUUUGUUGCCGACCAUCCCUUCAUCUUCUUCAUCCGACAUAAACCCACCAAGAGCAUUCUCUUUGUGGGCCGGUACUGCUCACCCGAGUAA